AUGUUUUCCUUCAAAGCCUCUUUGCUUCUUCUCGUCAUCCUCUCUCAAUCCGAAGUUUUCAAGUUUCCUGACGCUCUCUGCGACUACACCAAUGACUCGGUCACUUUCAUGAAGUCGUUGCCUGCCUACUUUUCGUGUCCAUCGAAAAGUCAGCGACUCGCUGAAGCCGAGGGACGCAUCUUCACCGCACUUGGUAUUCGUUAUUUGGCUAGACUUAUUCAGAUCCCAUUCAAAAACACUGAAAUCAGUACAGUAACUGUAAAUUGUGAACAACCAUCCACUCAAACCAAAUAUCCGAUCGUCCUAAUCCAUGGAUUCGGUGCCGGCGUCGCACUUUGGGGAUCCGCCAUCAAACGACUCGCACAAUUUCAAACCGUCCAUGCGUUUGAUCUACCUGGAUUCGGUCGCUCCUCACGUCCCAAAUUCUCGACUGACCCCGAAACCGCUGAAAUCGAAAUGAUAGACUCGAUUGAGCAAUGGAGAGACAAAAUGAAUCUGGAGAAGAUGAAUUUAGUGGGUCACUCGUUUGGUGGAUACCUAGCCACGUCGUACGCACUCAAGUAUCCAGGACGAGUGGAAAAUCUAGUUCUAGCCGAUCCAUGGGGCUUCAAUGAAAUGGAUCCGGAAAUGAUGCCCAAACUAACAAGUCGUCAGAAAAGUAUAUUUUGGAUAAUUCAACAAUUCAAUCCGUUGGCUGUUCUUCGACUCGCUGGUGGUUACGGUCCGACACUUAUGAAACGUCUUCGACCGGAUCUUGCAUUGAAAUAUUCUGAAGAUGUCUACGACUACAUUUAUCUAGCAAACUCCAAGAAUCCAACAGGAGAAAUGGUUUUCAAGUGCUUAUCAGAGAAUCUAGGAUGGGCCAAACAGCCGAUGAGUAAACGAUUCCACGAGCUGGACAACACCGUCCCCGUCACAUUCAUUCAUGGAGAGCGCAGUUGGAUAGAUUGGAAAAAUACAAGAACCAUGUUUGGAGAGUUGGACCACGUGGAAUCACAUGUAAUGGAAAGCGCCGGUCACCAUGUGUACGCUGACGAUGCCGACAAAUUCGCCGAACUUGUGAUUGGUUCUUUGAAAGAGGGAAAAUCAAAAAUUGGAAAGAAACCGACAGUAAUUGUGGCCGAAGAUGAUGUAGUGACACCUCUUUGA